UAUAUAUGUUCAACCCCAUUUUAAAACAUCAAUUUUUUUUUGUUUUCUGAAACCCUAAAUCUAGCAAAAAUAUAUGGCUGGUAGAAGAGAAAGAUAUGUCCGAUGUCGAUGUGGGACACAACUUCUAGUUCCACUAGAAGCACCAAACUUUAAAUGCCCAAUCUGCCAAUCAAUCACCCAAAUUCGACCCAACAACAACAACUAUAGUAGUGGUGGUGGGCAGGACUAUCUCCACAACGCCGCAGCUAAGUUUAGAAACGUUGUAACCAACAUGAUAAACGUGAAUACAGCUUUAGGAGGAUAUAGCGGUUAUUAUAAUCCUCAGAUGCCACCAGCCCCGAUGGCGGUGGCUCCUCCGAGGCCGAGCCCGAGACCUGGCUUGGGUUCUGGUUCUUCAUUUGGGAGGAGGAGAGCUGUGCUUUGUGGUGUGAGUUAUAUUGGUCAGAAGCAACAUUGUAAAGGAAGUGUUAACGAUGUUAGUUACAUGAAGUAUUUUCUUGUUGAAAAGAUGAGAUUUCCUUCUGAUUGCUUACUCAUUCUCACAGAACAUGAAAAGGACCCUCUAAGGAUCCCAACAAGAAGAAAUAUGCUACUGGCUUUGAGGUGGCUGGUGGAAGGCAGCCGCGCCGGAGACUCGUUGGUGUUCUUCUACUCCGGCCACGGCUCAAGGCAGCAAGACAAGGACCACGACGAGGCUGACGGAGUCGACGAAACCUUGUGCCCCACUGAUUACGAAACUGCCGGAAAAAUUGUGGAUGAUGAGAUUAAUGCCACCAUUGUUAGACCACUCCCUUAUGGUGCAACUCUUCAUGCCAUUAUUGAUGCUUGUUAUAGUGGAACAGUCCUUGAUCUUCCCUUUGUUUGUAGGAUGAACAGAGAUGGAUUCUACAAUUGGGAAGAUCAGAGAAACCAAUCAAUAUACAAAGGAACAAAGGGAGGAGUUGCUGUGUCUAUUAGUGCUUGUGAUGAUCAUCAAACCUCGGCCGACACUGAUGCUUUAACAGGAGGAAAUGCAUUGGCAGGAGCAAUGACAUACAGCUUCAUACUAGCAGUGCAGAGCGAACCAGGACUGACUUAUGGCCGCCUCAUGACUUUAAUGCGUAACACCAUUCGUGAAGCUCAAACUGGCAUACGCCUCAACGGUCCCAUUGCUGCUCUCGUUAACAAAAUUCUACGUACACAAUUAUCACAGGUGCCACAAUUGUCGUCGUCUGAGGAAUUUGAUAUUUACUCAAAACGUUUUAUGAUAUAGUAUAUAUUAUUUAUUAUUGCCUGAGUUCUCUGUAUGUACUCUUCAUGAUGUUGGUGGAAAUUAAACAAUACGAAUUAAGCUAUAUUAAAUAAAUUUUUAUGCAACUAUAUAAUAGACUUAUAGUUAUUUAUAGUAGAACUCUGUGUAAAUAAUUAAAAAUAAUUGUAUUUCAAAUGCUACUUCGUGGAAAUUAUAAGGAGAGAUUCAAGCUUAAUAAUAAUAAUAAUAAU